CCACUGAGGCGCCCGGGCCACCUCGAGCUUCCGCAGGUUGUGUGGCGCGCCCUGCGGCUGCCACCAUCCUAUCCCGGUCCGUGCGCCGCUCACCGUCCACCGCCCCGCCUCCUCUGCGCCCGAACCGCGGUCUCUGCGCCACCACAGACCAUGGCCGAGAACCCGUACCCCAUCCCAUCCAAGCGUCUCGACGUCGUGAUCAUCGGUGCCGGGCUGAGCGGCCUCGGCGCCGCGUACCGGCUGCAGACCGAGUGCCCCGACCAUUCGUACGCCAUCCUCGAGGGCCGCGCGUCGCUCGGCGGGACGUGGGACCAGUUCAAGUACCCGGGCAUCCGCUCCGACUCGCCGAUGAUCUGCUUCGGCUUUGGCUUCAAGCCGUACAAGCCAUACACGCACCUCGCCGAGGGCCGCGAGAUCCUCGAGUACAUGCGGCAGGUGGCGGAGGAGAACCGGCUCGACAGGCGGAUCCUGUACCACCGCAAGGUCACCUCCAUGUCGUGGGACUCGACGGCGCGCGUCUGGGCCCUCGACGUCGACGUCGAGAACGGCGCGCGGCGCGAGCGCGUCGAGGCGAGCUUCGUGAUUGCCUGCACCGGCUACUACGAGUAUGAGCGGGCGGGCGUAGAAGAGCUGGCCCGCUUCCCCGGCCGUGAGGACUUUGAGGCCGCCGGGGGUCGCAUCCUCCACCCGCAGUUCUGGCAGGCCGGCGACCUGAGAGACAAGACGGUGGUCGUGGUCGGGUCGGGGGCGACGGCCAUCUCGAUCGUCCCUUCCCUCGCCAAGCAGUGCCGCAAGCUGGUCAUGGUUCAGCGGUCUCCGACCUACAUCUGGUGCUGGCCGCGCUCCUUCUCGCUGGCCCUCACACUCCUCUUCGCACCGCUGCACCUGCUGCUCGGCCUCGCGGCGAUGCAGGCCAUCCACCGCCACUCCGAGAUCUGGUUCGAGAUCUUCCUCCACACGCUCUGCCUCAAGCUGCCGCGCAUGGCGAGGGCUAUCUUCGCCCUCGCGCAGUGGGCGCACCUCGGCUCGAGCUUCGCGGCGCUCCGGCCGCACCUCACGCCGAAGUACGACCCGUGGACACAGCGGGUCUGUCUGGACGCCGACGGCGACUUCCUGGCGACGCUGCGCACGGGCGGCGCGU